UGUUUGCCAAAUUUCUCAACCCUUGUGCACAAUCUAAUAAUUAUUCAACAAACAAAAAUAAUAUAUCAACACUCUUCAUCUUAGAUCUUACUAUCUCAUCUACUUUUCUUCAAACAAGUUUUACCAUUACAAGCAAUUCAAGCUCAAAGAUGAUUCAAAUUUCAUCAACCAACUACCAACCUGAAUUAUUUGGAAUGGAGGAUCCUACUUUCUUUGAUGAUCAAGAAUACACAAUGGAUUCAUUUGCAUUUCACUUUGAUGAUAUUGAUUUCAAACCUUUCUCAGCAUCUCCAGAGAGUUUUUCCUCUCAUAAUAGCAAUCACAAGCGUUUUAAUUCUGAAAGUCCUAACCUAUCUGUUGCAUCAGUACAACCAACAAAACAACUCAAAACUACUUGGAAUAAUACUUAUGGAAGUGAUUCCAUGAAUAAGAAUAUUAUUCCAAAGGCUUCUAAUUCAUCUCCAUCUUCCAAAAUCAUUUCUUUUGAUUUUGACCACUCCAAUACAUCUUCAGUUAGUUCUCAACAAUUCUACAACAUGGUGAAGAAGCCUAAAACUGAGAUUGCAUAUGGCAAAAACUUGAAUUUUGAGGCAGUAAUUUCUCAAGGUGAUUAUGAUAAUAAACUAGAGAACAAGGUUUCCACAACAACGACGACUCAAAGAAACUCAAUCCAGGCUCGAGAUCACGUAAUGGCCGAACGAAAACGAAGGGAGAAGCUCAGUCAGAAGUUCAUUGUUCUUUCCUCCAUGAUUCCUGGACUCAAAAAGAUGGACAAGGCAACUAUUUUGGAAGAUGCUAUAAGUUAUUUGAAGCAAUUAAAGGAAAGAGUGAAUACUUUGGAGGAACAAGCAGCCGUCGACCGAACAGUCGAGUCAGCUGUUUUUGCGAAGAGAUCAAUUCUCUUUGCUGAUGAUGAUCAUAACUCGUCUUGCGACGAGAACGCAGACCAAUCAGUCCCUAAAAUUGAAGCAAGAGUUUCUGGAAAAGAUAUGCUCUUAAGAAUCUAUUGUGACAAACACAAUGGCAGAGCUGCAACUGCAAUACUUUGUGAAUUGGAAAAACAUCAUCUCACUAUUCAGAGUAGUUGUGCUUUUCCAUUUGGAAAUAACUAUCUUGACAUAACCAUUGUUGCUAAGAUGAAUAAAGAAUACUGCUUGACAAUAAAGGAUCUGAUAAGAAGUAUAAGUCAGGUUUUGAGGCAGCUCAUUUGAUCCUAUACACAACAAUUUCAAGGCAUCUACAUUUGUUGAUGUGUGCAUGCUCAUGAGUCAUGACUAUAGUCAAUAGUGUAGUGUUUAUAAUAAUCAUGACUUUAAUUAAUUUAUUAUGGUUUUAGUUUUAAUUUUCAUCCAUCAUUUGUAUUAUUGUGAAGGUGUUUUCUUUGGAUUUUCAUCCAUCAUAUGCAUCUUAGUUGUCCAAUCAUAAUUUGAUGUUUCAGAUUUUAAAGUUAAUAUUUUAGAUUUAAACAAAAUUUUAAAUCUGUUUUAAAAUCUGAAAUGUCAUCUUGAUUGAUUAAAUGACUAGAAUGUGUAUGGUGCAAACAAUCCAAUUUGAUUUUCUUUGUUAUGUUCAUUUUUGCGCAGUUGAGUGAUUGGCUGUGUUAAUCUACCUCACAAUGUCAUUUUCAAAACUCUGUACUCAUUUUUUUCUUUCUCCACAAGAGGGAUUUUUUUAGAGGAUUUGACUAUUCAGAUAGAUCUCUUUUCUCCCUCUUUCACGUUGUGAAGAUUGCAAAAGACAAUGUUGAGUGUAUUUUAUUUUUGUAUUGGUCCAUUUGUCGGUUUGUGAUGGAUUCAAUUCUAUAUAAAAAUUUUAUGAUUA